GGACGGAGGCGGGAGGCGGGCCGGAAAGUUUGUUGGCGGCCGAGGCGGGGACUCCGGCGGGGGGAUGCGCGCCGGCCCCAGCGCCCCCAGCUCGCGCGGGAGUCGUGCUCGCCAUGGGCCGUCCCCAACUGCUCCUGCCCCUGUGUGCCUCUGUGUCUCUGCUGGGUGGCCUGACCUUUGGUUACGAACUGGCGGUCAUAUCAGGCGCCCUGCUGCCCCUGCAGCUUGACUUCGGGCUAUCCUGCUUCGAGCAGGAGCUCCUGGUGGGCAGCCUGCUCCUGGGGGCUCUCCUGGCCUCCCUGGUGGGGGGCGUCCUCAUCGAUCACUAUGGCAGGAAACAAGCCAUCCUUGGCAGUAACGCAGUGCUCCUGGCAGGUAGCCUGAGCCUGGGCCUGGCUGGGUCCCUGGCCUGGCUGGUCCUGGGCCGCCUGGUGGCUGGCUUUGCCAUCUCCCUCUCCUCCAUGGCCUGCUGUAUUUAUGUGGCGGAGCUGGUGGGGCCACGGCAGCGGGGAGUGCUGGUGUCCCUCUACGAGGCUGGCAUCACCCUGGGGAUCCUGCUGUCCUAUGCACUCAACUACGCCCUGGCUGGUGUCCCCGGGGGGUGGAGGCAUAUGUUCGGCUGGGCUGCAGCUCCUGCUCUGCUGCAGUCCCUCAGCCUCUUCUGUCUCCCUGCUGGUAUCAUUGAGGCUGCACCCUGCAGGGACCUCAUUCCUCUCCAGGGAGGUGAGGCCCCCAAGCUGGCGAGGCCGAGCUACUCCCUUCUGGACCUCUUCAGGGCCCGGGAUAACAUGCGAGGCCGGACUGUGGUGGGCUUGGGACUGGUGAUCUUCCAGCAGCUAACUGGGCAGCCCAACGUGCUAUGCUACGCCUCCACCAUCUUCCACUCGGUCGGCUUCCGUGGGGCCUCCUCCGCCGUGCUGGCUUCUGUGGGGCUCGGCGCCGUGAAGGUGGUGGCUACCCUGACGGCACUGGGGCUGGUGGACCGAGCGGGCCGCAGGGCGCUGUUACUGGCUGGCUGUGCCCUCAUGGCCCUGUCGGUCAGUGGCAUCGGCCUCGUGAGCUUGGCCGUGCCCAUGGACUCCGGCCCAGGCUGCCUGGCCGCGCCCAACGCCAGCGGGCCGUCUGGCCUCCCUGGAGACUCGAGCCUGCCCCAGAGUCCUGUCACUCCAAACCCCCCACCAACGACCCGCCAGAACCCAGGGGAGCCAGGCUUGCCAGCCUCUAAGAAAAUCAAGACCCCCACAGCCCCUCCGUGGCCUGCCUCGGGCACCGCUACCCCCACGUCCCCCUCCGGCCCAGAGCGUGCCGCACUGCACUGGGCCGCGCUGGUCUGCAUGAUGGUCUUCGUGAGCGCCUUCUCCUUCGGGUUUGGACCAGUGACCUGGCUCGUCCUCAGCGAGAUCUAUCCCGUGGAGAUCCGAGGCAGAGCCUUCGCCUUCUGCAACAGCUUCAACUGGGCGACCAAUCUCCUUGUCAGCCUCUCCUUCCUCGACCUCAUCGGCGCCAUCGGCUUGUCCUGGACCUUCCUGCUCUAUGGGCUGACCGCUGUCCUCGGCCUGGGCUUCAUCUAUGCAUUUGUCCCUGAAACAAAAGGCCAGUCCUUGGCAGAGAUAGACCAGCAGUUCCAGAAGAGAAGGUUCGCCCUGAGCUUUGGCUCCAGGCGGAGCUCCACCCGCAUUCCGUACACCCGCAUUGAGGUCUCUGCAGCCUCUUGAAGAGCCUAUCUGCCUGGAAGAUGCUGGAACCAUGGCUUUAGCAGAUAAUCUCCAGCUUCCUGCUUGCCUGGCCCCUGGAGCACGAGUUCUCAGAGGUCCUGUAAGUCAUCCCUGCUCCAGAGGAGGUCUUUGGGCCCAGGUGAAAGAGGAGAAAGUUUGAGAACCCAAAUGUCUUCCUUUUGACUCUCAGGCUCUGAGGGGUCCUGAGGAUCUGCCUUCUUGCCUCAGUGUCCCUGAGUCUCUGCACAUCCCUGCAGUACUUAUAAUGACAACAUCUCAUGGAGGCUGUUGCUUUCUCAAAGAACCUCUAAGAUCCCAGACCUGGAAGGAAGUCUCCUCUGGCCUCACCCCCAAAUCCAGAUGAGGAGACUACAUUCUCUGCUCUGUUUUCCCAUCUGGCUGGGACUUUCUGGUGAGGGGAAGUCUGCUUUUGUCAUUCACCAGCAACUCAGACUGGUGGAGGGAGAAGAUGCAUGAGUUCCAACCUUGCUUCUCUGGUGUCAUGGUUGUAUGACCAUAGGCCUCAGUUUUUCCCAUAUGUACAAUGGGCGACCUGGACCAAGGAGUUCUUAAGAUCACUUCCUCUGCCAAUGAGCUAGAAUUCUAAGUGCUGCUAAGAUAGCGCGUAUUCAGCAUAGCCCCUCCUCCUAAGUGGCGGGCCAUCUCUUUAGUGAAGUCAGUUUUAAUUAGGGGAGCCAGCUGUAAAUAGAAUUCCAGAAUCGUGGGCACUAAAACCCAAGAGCUUCCACGGUGCAUGAAGCCAGCUCCAGGAGCUGUUUCCAGGAUGUGCAGGAAAGCUUUGCAGAACGGAGGUGGGUUUGGAGGCCAACAAGGCCGGCUGUUGGCAUUGCCUGUCUCCUGGCAGCUGUUGACCUUGGCUUGCUAACAGUUCUCACUAGCCUCGGUUCCCGCAUCUGCAGAAUGGGGAUGAUUAGGCCCCCAGUGGGGGUACUUAACCCCUGUCUUCCUGCAGGAGUGUCUGCAGCUGGUCCUAUUCAGCUAGUCAGGGCCUGGCAGGGGAGCGGGGGUGGGGGGGCUAUGUUUCUGCUCACCGUGUUACUCAGGUCCCCAUCUGUGGGACAUUGUUCAGGUUCAGCCCCUGACAGGUGAGUCAGAUGGAGACUGAGCAAGAAGCUCAGGCUGGAAGUCACCAGAGGGAGGGCCUGGCAGGAGUGAGGUGCCAGAUGCUGAGGAAAAUGAAGAGCUAAAGCAGACUGGGGAGCCAGGGUGGGAUGAUGCUUCGUCGUCCAUACCUGCUCCAUACCCACAGGACUCUCGACUUCUCUCCUCUGGUUCUAGAUGCUUCCCUUGCACCCAGUGAUGUGCAAGAGGCCCCUCCCAUUACUUGUGAGAGCCCCUUCUUACAUUUUCGGGACUUUGGUCAGCUGGCUGUUAAACAGCCAUUUAAAGAUAACUUUAAAUUAAAUGAUGGAAUAUUUCAAUAAAUUAUAUUAAAAGCCAAAGUAAUAAAUACUAAAACCUCAUCACUUCCUUACUUUGCUACAUGUUACUGUCAUCUGGGCUCUUGAGGCGACGUGCAUGUAGUCUGUCUUAGGAGAAACACAGGGGAGAUUCUCCGCAUCUCCCGAUUCUGGGUACGAGGCGUCAUGCCCACGGGGGUGACGUGGCACCACGGGGAUGGGGGAACCCUACAAGGCAGCUUGACUUAUUGUUUCCUUGAUGUUCCAGCCUUAAGCGUGUGAUGGAUAAAAUGUUAAUAAUGUAAAUUAACCUUGCGCGUGUGUCGGUCAAGUCUGUAGCUAAGACUUGGCGAGUGGCCCUAAAAAUUGAGGGAAUAGUCUUUCACUUUCGAAUGCUAUUACCCAAAGCAACAUACAGGUGGCUCACAUCAUCUAUGAAGGUGUUCUGACCCACAUCUUCCUUGGUUUACUUUCGUCUGACUCAUUAACGUCAACCACGCCUUCCGGUCGAAACUACGCCCGCUCUGCAGAGACGAGACGGGAGGGGCUCCUUUGCUGAGUCGGAUUGCUGUCCCGCAUUUAUUCCUGGUCUGUUUUUGUCAAGUGAUGGCAAAAUUGCAGUGAUAGUUGGUUUUGGAUACAAGAAUUUGGCAAUAAAUAAAU